UCUAUAAACUUAUUACUCAAUCCUCGUCGUGGUCGUAGUCUCUCUAACUCUCUUAAGAUUCAAAAGGACUUUUGCUUUUCUUCGUAAAGUCACCAUGUCUGGGGAAGAAGCUGCUCCUGCUGUUGUUCCUCCAACUGCUGAGCCAGCUGCAAUUCCAGAGGAUAUGGAUCUGUUGACUGCAUUGGAGCUGACUCUAAGGAAAGCCCGUGCUCACGGUGGUGUGACUCGUGGUCUCCAUGAAAGCGCCAAGCUUAUCGAGAAGCGUGUUGCUCAGCUCUGUGUCUUGGCUGAAGACUGCAACCAGCCCGAUUACGUCAAGCUUGUCAAAGCUCUAUGCGCUGAUCACAACAUCAACUUGCUUACUGUUCCAAGUGCCAAAACCCUCGGUGAAUGGGCUGGUCUUUGCAAGAUUGAUUCAGAGGGUAAUGCAAGGAAGGUUGUUGGAUGCUCGUGCCUUGUGGUCAAGGAUUACGGUGAGGAGACAACUGCACUCAACAUCGUCAAGAAGCAUAUUGAAUCUAACUAAAAUCAGCAAAGUCAAGAUUUCAGAUGCUAUUUCCUCUUGUUUUCUUUGUUUUUUUUUGUUAUUCAAUACUUGUUUAGUGGAUAUGUCUUGAGAUAUGUUUGGGGCAAUAACAUUUUGAUGUUAUCUAGCUCAUAUUUACUAAUACUCAACCUUUUCACUCA